AACUUUUGUUAAGUUCUGAGUUUGCGUGCUUGCUUUCUUUUUUGUCGAUGUCGAUGUAGGUUGAAAUAAUGGGAGCCUACAAAUAUAUUCAAGAACUUUACCGGAAAAAACAAAGUGAUGUUCUUAGAUUUUUACUUAGGGUGAGAGUCUGGCAAUAUCGCCAGUUAACUAAAUUGCAUAGGGCACCAAGACCCAGCCGUCCCGACAAAGCUAGAAGACUAGGUUACAGGGCUAAGCAAGGGUUUGUUAUUUAUCGUAUUCGAGUACGUCGUGGAGGUCGCAAACGUCCCGUACCAAAAGGUGCUACCUAUGGUAAACCAAAAAGCCACGGAGUUAAUGAAUUGAAACCAGUCCGUAACUUGCAAGCUAUUGCUGAGGAACGUGUUGGUAGAAGAUGUGGUGGAUUAAGAGUUCUUAAUUCUUAUUGGGUAGGUCAAGACUCAACUUACAAAUACUUUGAAGUCAUUUUGGUUGACCCAUCACACAAAGCUAUUCGCAGAGAUGCUAAAGUUAACUGGAUAGUAAAUGCUGUCCACAAACACAGAGAACUACGGGGCAAGACAUCUGCUGGUAAAUCGUCUCGUGGUUUGGGCAAAGGACAUAGGUUCUCUCAAACUAAAGGAGGAUCCAGACGUGCCGCUUGGCUUAGGAGGAAUUCUUUGCAAUUACGUAGAAAACGUUAAUGUAACUUUUUUUAUAAUUAUAACGUAUAAACUUUAUUCUCAAGUUA